AUGAAGGGUAAAAGAGUUUCAUCACAGCUGUUAAAAGUACUGCAAGCUCCAGGCUUUGUUCAUAGUAAUAAUGCUAAAGCUUCAGAGCUGUCUAACCAGUUAAGGAAAGAUCUGGGUGGGACACUGAUAAGAGAUAGAUAUAAUGACCAUUUGAAGUAUUCUGAUUCAUUAGUGAUGUUCAGUUGGCUUCCAUACGAAGGGACGAUGAAUAAGCAUUAUUACUGGGAUAGUUUUGCCAAACAAAAUAACAGAGGCACUUUUUUCAGACAACCAAUUCAAUCUAAUGAAUUCGAGAAAGAGAUUCAGCUACCAUUUCUUGAUAGUAGAACUGACUACAGACUGUGGUUCCAAGAUAAUAUGGAAAUCGAUAACCUAAAUUCAAUUUUAAAAUCAACACUUUCGAAUGAUAAAUUACAAGUCGAAUGCGUUGGACUUAAUAUAAAUGCAAGGGAAAAUGGAUCGAGUAUUGCUAAACAUAUACAGUCAUUGCUGAUAGAAUCGACUGAGAAAUACAAGAAUAUAGAUUAUGAGAAGCUAUUGCAAAUAGCUAAGAAUAAGGAUAUCCCAGAUAUUGAUAAAUCGAUAAAGCAAUUUCUACUGAACCUUGCAGAUUUAGAACUAUCAAAACCAAAUUUGGUUCAGAGAAAUCAAUGGCUACUAUUUACAAAAAAUAUCAACUCUACAUAG